GUCGGCAUUUAUUCGUUACCUGAUUCUAUCACGAGCUGGUUGCCUGAACGCGACGAGUUCCCUCAGUGCAAAAUUAAAUAACUUUUUUAGACUUCUACCGGUGUGCUUACCCCAUUCAUCCAUCAACCAUGGUGUACCAAGUAAAAGACAAGGCUGAUCUCGACUCCCAGCUGACCAAGGCCGGCAGCAAGCUGGUGGUGCUGGACUUCUUCGCCACCUGGUGUGGACCCUGCAAGAUGAUCUCCCCCAAACUGGGAGAGCUGUCCACGCAGUACGCCGACAACAUUGUUGUCAUCAAGGUCGAUGUGGACGAGUGCGAGGACAUCGCCAUGGAAUACAACGUCUCCAGCAUGCCCACCUUCGUGUUCAUCAAGAACGGCGUCAAGGUCGAGGAGUUCGCCGGCGCCAAUGCCACGCGUGUGGAGGAUGUCAUCAAGGCCAACAUCUAAGCCCGAUCGAUCCACCGAUACGAGUUCUCUUUAUACCAUUUAUUUAAUUAUUCCAUAAGUGCAGGGUUUGCUCUUUCCAACAAAAAUCUGUUACUCGAAGCUGCAGUGCAGCUCGCGAAGCUAUGGAUAAGUUUGCAACAAAAGUGAGAAAAUAAGUGGCUUUUAACAAUAAAUAUUUUGCUUAAUUAACAAACACUCAAAAAAAAACACAAACACACAAGUGAAGAUUGUUCAUUUUUGUAUUGAAACCUUUAAUAAACGCAAAUGUAAGCAGUUGUCCAAGAGUAAACUCAAAAAUAAAUCUAAAACACACGUUUCGUAUGUAAAACAUUGUAA